CACCAUCUCCCGGAAACCCUUUGUCUCUGUCUCAGUGGAGUUUGUGGGUUCUGUAAACUUCUGUUUCUUUUGAAAGAUAGACGGCCAUGGACAAGUCACAGCAGAAGCAACUCUACCUCUUCUACUGCGCCGAGUGCGAAGACCUUGCUCGCCAGGUCGCUUCUCAGUCCGACCACAUCAUCCUCCAGACCAUCAAAUGGAGGAAUUUUGAUGACGGGUUUCCAAACAUAUUUAUAAACAAUGCACAAGAUCUUCGAGGCCAACAUGUCGCCUUUCUGGGAUCCUUCAGCUCCCAAGGAGUUAUCUUUGAGCAGCUUUCUGUAAUAUAUGCACUGCCUCGGCUAUUUGUUGCGUCCUUCACAUUAGUAUUGCCUUUCUUUCCAACUGGUUCCUUCGAAAGAAUGGAAGAAGAAGGGGAUGUAGCAACUGCGUUUACCAUGGCAAGAAUGCUGUCAAAUAUUCCCAUAUCCAGAGGUGGCCCAACCAGUUUAGUCAUCUAUGACAUCCAUGCUUUACAGGAAAGGUUUUAUUUUGGGGACCAUGUUUUGCCUUUGUUUGAGACUGGAAUUCCACUCUUAAAGCAGCGUCUCCACCAGCUUUCUGACUCCGAUAAGAUAGUUGUUGCAUUUCCUGAUGAUGGAGCAUGGAAGCGAUUCCACAAGCAGUUGGAUCAUUUUCCCAUGGUGGUGUGCAAUAAGGUUCGUGAAGGUGACAAGAGGAUAGUUCGGAUAAAGGAGGGAAAUCCUGCUGGUUGUCAUGUAGUCAUCGUUGAUGACUUAGUGCAAUCUGGCGGCACCCUAAUUGAGUGCCAGAAAGUUUUGGCAGCUCAUGGUGCAGCCAAAGUUAGCGCUUAUGUAACCCACGGUGUAUUUCCUAAACGCUCAUGGGAGCAGUUCACUCACAAGGAUGAUGGCUUGGAGAAGGCAUUUGCCUACUUUUGGAUCACGGAUUCCUGCCCACUCACCGUCAAAGCCGUAGCUAAUAAAGCUCCCUUCGAGGUGUUAAGUCUUGCAGGUUCCAUUGCUGAUGCUCUACAGACUUGAAGAGAGUAAAAUACUUCGAUAACUUGCAUAAUUUAUGACAGCAUUAUUCUACCGGCCAAUUUCUGCGAUAUAAGAAGGCAAGUCCACCUUUUCUCUCCACACGCCCUUGUUUAUUUUUGGCUUUCGGAUUAAAGCAAUUAAAAGAGAAUUACAGGGGUGUGCAGGAGGAGAAGAGUGUCCAAAUCCCUAGUUGAGCUUGUCUCCCUCGUGUGUCACUGUAUUUUGUGCGGACCAAAAGCGACACGAUGUAAUUCUAUUGAAGUUUUUCGGGUUGACUCAUGCCUCUCCCACUUUGAGACUUCAGAAAAUAAACCACUAUUUCUCUCAA